AUGCGUUCCACCACACUCCUUUUCUCUCUCCUUUCCUUCCUCUUAGCCGUCCUGCCCGUGGAGGCUCAGGAAUGUAGCGCCACUAAAAAGUGCGCAACGGGCUGCUGCUCCGAAUUUGGCUUCUGCGGCACCAGCGAGGAGCACUGCGGCGCCGGCUGCCUGAGCACCUGCGAAUUCAAGCUGGGAUGCGAUGUCAACAACCCGUGUCCCGACGGGACAUGCUGCUCCAAGUUUGGCUUCUGCGGGUUCGGCAAGGAUUUUUGCUCGCGCGAGAACUGCGCGACCGGCUGCGAUGCCAAGUCGCAGUGUGAUCCGGGCACGUUUGGGUCUGACUUUGUGGAGCUCAAGAAGUGCCCCCUGAAUGUGUGCUGUUCCAAGUGGGGCUGCCAGGCCUUCAUGCCCGAAGACGUGCCCCUGGGUGUAUACACGCACCUCAACUUUGCAUUUGCCAGCAUCGACCCCAAGUCGUACAAGAUUGUGCCGGCCCAGGCCGAGGACAUUGCACUCUACUCGCGCCUGACGGCCCUCAAGAAGUCUGACUCAGCGCUCAAGGUCUUCAUCGCCAUCGGCGGGUGGACAUUUAACGACGACGGCCCAACUUUCCACACCUUUUCGGAGCUGGCAGCCGAUGAGUCCAAGCAGAAAGUAUUUUUCGCGUCGCUUAUCAGCUUCAUGAGCACAUAUAACUUUGACGGUGUUGACAUCGACUGGGAGUACCCCGUGGACAAGGACCGUGGCGGCAACGCGGCUGACUAUGACAACUUCCCCAAGUUCAUGAAAAACCUCAAGGCAGCACUCGACGCCGGCAGUGGCGGACGUAACGGUAUCUCCAUCACGCUCCCUGUAUCCUUCUGGUACCUACAGAACUUUGAUAUUGUCGAGCUUGAGAAGUGGGUUGACUUCUUCAAUAUCAUGUCAUACGACUUGCAUGGCCUAUGGGACAAGGGUAAUAAGUGGCUAGGCGCCUUUCUCAACUCGCAUAGCAACAUGACUGAGAUCACCGAGUAUCUGGACCUCUUCUGGCGCAACGACAUCAAGCCGGAAAAGGUCACGCUAGGACUGGCCUUUUACUCGCGCACCUUUUUGGCAGCCGACAAGGGAUGCACCAAGGCAAAGUGCAUGUUCGACGCCGUGGGCGAGGCCGGGCCGUGCAGCAAGGACGACAUUGGCGGCACGCUGACCAACGCCGAGCUGACGGACCAGAUCCGCGCGGCGGGCGUGACGCCGACCCUUGACAAGGACGCCAUGGUCAAGGUGGCCGUCAUCGGGCGCAAGUGGAUCUCGUACGACGACGAGGACACGUUCAAGCUCAAGGUGGACGCGGCGCGCAAGAUGUGCCUCGGCGGCGUCAUGGUGUGGGCCGUCAGCCAGGACUACACGGACAAGACGGCCAAGGUGGCCGCCGCCGUCGGGAAGAAGCGCGCCGCCUCGGGACUCUUCGACACGCGGUACUCGGCGCAGCUGCAGUCGGCCACACGCAUCGUCCGUAACCAGUGCUACUGGUCCAACUGCGGCGCCGGAUGCGGCAAGGGCUACAAGGCGGUGCCCCGGCUCGACAACGACGGCCGCGACGACGAGGUCAUGCAGGACAGCCGCUACUGCCAGGGCGGAACGCUGCGCCACUUCUGCUGUCCCAACUCCAAGACCAUCCCCAAGUGCGGCUGGUUUGACUUCUUCAACGGCAAGUGCGGCAAGCGCGGCGGGUGUCCGGCCGGCAGCGAGGAGAUCGUGGCCCCGGCGGACCAGCAGCGAGAGGUCGGCUCGACCCAGGUCGCCUGCAACAACGGCAAGGCCCAGGUGGCCUGUUGCCAGACCGAGACCGAGUCUGGCAAGGCGCUCGACUCCUUGAUAGGCUACGACAUAUGCAAGUGGUACGGCACCACGACCGACAAGUGUGAUGCCAUCGGGGCCAUCGACAACGACCCCGACAUCGCACGCUCUGAGGCGUGCAGCCUCAAGGAUAGCGACCGCCCCAACUACAUGAUCGAGAGCCUCUGGGGCAGCGGAGCCACGUAUUGCCGCAAUCCCAACUUUUACAAGGACAACGACCAGUUUCGCCCGCUGUGCUGCAAGCGCCCCGAGGUCGACGUGCAGUGGAACAGCUGCACCAUGGUGUUUGCCGAGCGCAAGGACGGCAACUUUUGCCAGGCGCACUGCCCGGCCGGCACCAUCCGCAUGGCCAUGGAGCAGCCGGCGGUGUACGAGAGCUGCAAGGGCGGUGCCAACGCCAUCUGCUGCGAGCCGCGCUUCCUCACCGAGGCCAACAACGCCGACGAGGUCCAUCACGGCUACGUCCUCGCCCUCGAGAAUGUGCUCCAGAACCCGGACAUGUGUGAGUGGGGCGACAUCGACAAGGACACCCUCCAGAAGCGUGGUUUCAUCGACUAUGCGGCCGACUGCAGGAUCGCCUUGCAGGGCACCAUGAACAUGCUGGGGUCCCCGGACAUUGGCGUCCAGCAGAGAUACGUCAAUGAUUGGAAUCUCGCCGUCAACCAGGCCGGCAUGUACGGCAUCCCGGCCUCGGCCAUACAAUCGCAGCCCGAGGGCUACGCCUUUAGCACCGCCCCCUCGGCCCCCAUCCAGACCGACGUUGCCGAGGGCAUCCUCAACUCGGCCAAGGAUCUCAACGAGCAAAAGCAGAAGCCCGCGAAGCACAAGUGGACCUGCCCCGUCGAAUGGAUCUGGGAUGCCAGUCUCGAUAUCCGAGUGGAUCCGGACGAUGGCGGUUGGGAGGUGAUCGAGCCGGAUCUCCAAGGUGUACAUACCCAGCUUCGCCGUCGCGAUGAUCUUGGUCCCGAAGUCCCGAUCUCGGCUGUCCAGGAGGAGGAGGAUGGUGAUUAUGAAGCUCCCUAUCCCAGACGUGUGAACUGGCUCGAGGGGAUCGCCAAUCUGCGCCGCUUUCAUCUCAAAAACAAGGACAAGGACAACACGGCCGACACACCCAACAAGCCCAAGCUCCGUCGUCGUGAUGCCGACAGCUGUGAGCAGAGCUUCCGGUGCCGUGCCGGGAUGCUGGGCUUCGAUCUCUCCAAGAGGGAGGAUAGACUGGCUUAUUUCAAUGUCACCCUCGCCGAGGCCCAAGGAAGGCCCAAGCGCUACGCCGAGGCGCUCGAGCGUCGGAACCGGUCGAAGAACAGGACGCUGGAGGAGCGCGACUCGUACCAGAUGGGCCAGCCGAGAUCGUACACGGUCAAGUCGUGGCGGUACUCGGCCAGCCAGUGGCCCGGCGACAUCAUCGAGUCGUCGCAGUAUCCCAACGGCAACCAGGGCGACGACCUCAUCUAUCUCAACAACGACCCGUCCCGCUACGUCGUCAAGUCAACCGGCUGCGGGCCGCAGGACUACACGCUCAAGACGCGGGCGGCCAAGAACGAGGUCAAUGGCAUCUGGGUCACGGAGCACAUCCUCGAGCUGAAUACCGUUGGCCGCUUCAUGACGGCCUCGCUCGACGGCGGUCUCGGCGGUCUCGGCGCGCCCAGCCACCUGCCCGGCUUCUACUUUGGCGAGGCCGCCACCCUCCACCAGGUCCAGAUGUUCGCCUACAACUUUGUCGAGUGGAACAAGCACACGGCCCUCACGCCCGCCGACACGUGCCUGCUCAAGCUGGGCUCCAUGGAGGACCGUUCCGGCCUGGUCGUGUGCGACUCGAGUCUCAACCUGAUGAAGACAAAGAUCUACAAGCUCCAGAACCCCGUCGGCGACACCACGUGGCACGCCUGGUGCAUCUCGCCCCUCCCCGCGAGCCUGGAGCGGGGUCUAGCCUACAUCCAGACCAUCAUGGCCGUCUUCGACUACUACGACGACCGCAACGUCAAGAACCGGCACGCGACGGCCUACCAGUCCGUCAUGGAGGAGAUGGCCUACUUUGAGAUCGCGUACGAGCACCAGUUCGGUCUCGACAUCUACGGCGAGUGGCAGCAGCGGUGGAAGGAGUUCAUGGAGGCGCACUUUCUGCGCGUCGUCACCCACACGCGCGUCUGGCUCCUGGGCCAGCUCAAUGACCUCUACACCAUCUGGCACACCCUGCUGCAGGGGUGCGCUGCGGGUGGGUGGGAAAUGUGCGCGUACUGCAUGGCUGCCGUGUGGCUCAUCAACGAUCAUUUCCAGGCCGUCUCCCAGGGCCAAAAGAUUGCCUUUGACAGUAGUAUCUUUGACGAUCUGUAUCUUUGA